AUGGUCAUGACUGCAACGAGACACAGAGGAAAGAUGUUCUCCUUGAUCUUAAUUGCCAUGACUGUUUUCCUGCAACCAUCCCAACAAUCCACAAACACACCCCCUCCCCCACAAAUCGUCCUGGGUGCCAUUGAUGUACAGACGAACGAGGUUGAGGACAGACGUGUCAUGUUGGGCCCUGCACCUUUGGUCUCUUGCACGGACGAGGACCCGGCCAGGGCGACUAUCCAGUCAAUAUCUCCCAACUCACAAUGCGGCCUCAAGUGUUUAAGUCUGGAGCCAUGUCCAGGUGGCAGCAACACGUCAGAAUUCUGCCUGUUCUACGUGCCAGGACAAGGUAAAUACAACUACGCUAGCGUACCCCAGUAUAAUCUGAUUAUUGCUUGUACAGACGAUGUGGAGAAACCAACAGCAGUGCCUCUGAUCAUGAGGAUCGCUCCAAACACCCCGCCAGACUGGGAUCCGUCAACGCCAAUAGUUGACACAAAAACAGUCAGUGCGACGACGCUUAAGGCUGGGGUACCCAUAUAUACUCUCAGAACCAAAGAUAUCGACGACGACGCCGUCUAUUACACCAUGACGACCGACCCCAACACCCCGUACCUUAAUAUUGGAUACGCUAAUGGAGAGAUUACUUCCAACACGGACGGAAGGUUCAUCUGUACAGACAAGAUUCGAGCCAUGGUGACCGCCACCGACAAACACAACCCACCGAUAGGGCCUUAUAGAGUGGAUUUUACCUUCAAUCCGACGAACACAGUUCCCUAUGUAUCUAACCUUGACGCCACUGUCACCAUCAACGAGAAUGUCGGGGUAGGGUUCACGGCCUAUGACAUUAAGGUGAUUGAUCCUGUAGAGUCAUCUCGACUGACAGUGACCAUGAGAUCACAAACUGACUCCGGCAUGGAACAAUAUACGUUUGAACCCAACGGCAAAGGUGGGACAGUGAAGACAAAAAGAAACCCAAACUUUGAGCAAAAAGACACCCAGCGCGUCACUCUCUACUUUGACGUCGAUGAUGGCUUCUGCAAAGCUAACAAGACUUAUUCACUGACAAUCAACACUGCAGACGUCAACGAGCAGCCGACUUUAUACCCAAGUACCCUCCAGAGCUUGGAGGUGUACGAAGGAUAUAUAAACAUCCCAACGGGACUUCAAAUAUUUGAUGAGGACACCAACGACAAGUGUACAUUCUCCUCAGCUGGCGGAUCGAAAGAAUUCGCCGUUGAUAAAGACACUGGCAACAUUUACUCUGUAGGAGAAAUAGAUAUUGACAAGAACACGCCAUUUAAGAAAUUCAAUCAAAUGGUCAAAUGUACUGACGAAGGUGGCAAGACUACGACGUCCAAUCUCGACGUCGUUGUCUAUGACGCCAACGAUCAGUACCCCAUCUUCAACAGUAACUCCUUCACGUUCGCCGCCACAGAGUGCACGCCCCUAGGAACUGAAUUAGGAAAAGUGGCCGGCAAGGACGACGAUUCCAGUCACAACCACAACAAUUUCAUCUACUAUGGUGGCGGGGCAGGUAAAGUCACCGUCAUGGCGAAGGGCAGCGUCGUCCUCACCCAGCCAUGCGUUAAUGGCGAAACAUCCACAGGUACAGCGACAAUCGCUGAUGAGGGUAUUUAUCCCGGACCACUGACAGGAACUCCAGCCACCAUAAGUUUUAAAUGUGGGCCAUGUCCACCGCCGCCACCGCCCCCACAACCGGCUCCUCCUGCCACACCAGCGCCGGCAGUAACAACUACAACAACAACAACCAAAAAGCCCACAGUAACAACGAAGGCUCCCACGAAAACUACACGUACAAAAGAGGAUGACAGCACUAGCAUUCUCCUCUCCUGGCUGAUACCGGCCAUCCUUGGUGGUCUGGUGUGGCUAGCACUGACAGCGUUUCUGAUCUACCGCUAUUGCUGUCCUUGUCGAAAUCCGUGUGCCGGAUUCUGUAGGAGAAG